AUGGAUAGUGAUUACUCAGGACGUGUUGCAAUUGCCGGCGCACUGCAUCGGCUCGGGACGUUUGGAAGGCUCCAGGCAGGCGAGAGGCCAAACAUGGGCACUGAUUGGGGACAGAAAUGUUUCAAGAUACUUUCCGCCACCGUCGCCCUAGCUUUCCGCCACCGUCGCCCUAGCUUUCCGCCACCGUCGCUCACGCUUCCCCUUACCGCUGCUCACGCUCCCUCCUGCCUUCCCCCACGCUUCCCCACACCGUCGCUCGCGCCCUCCCCCACCUUCCCCCACCUUCCCUCACGCUUCCCCGCACAUCGCCCACGCUUCCUCCCACCGUCGCCCACGCUUCCUCCCACCGUCGCACACGCUUCCUCCCACCGUCGCCCACGCUUCCUCCCACCGUCGCCCACGCUUCCUCCCACCGUCGCCCACGCUUCCCCCCACCGUCGCCCACGCUGCCUCCCACCGUCGCCCACGCUUCCUCCCACCGUCGCCCACGCUUUCCCCCACCGUCGCCCACGCUUCCUCUCACCGUCGCCCACGCUUUCCCCCACCGUCGCCCACGCUUCCUCCCACCGUCGCCCACGCUUCCUCCCACCGUCGCCCACGCUUCCCCCCACCGUCGCCCACGCUUCCCCGCACCGUCACCCACGCUUCCCCCCACCGUCGCCCAUGGCAGGUGGUGGUGCGGCUGUGGAGCAGAGUGUUGGGCGCACACCCAGGGCAGCGCGUGCAGGCGGGCAGCAAGGAGUGCAGUGCUGCAGGGGCGGGUUAGGGGAUGCGGAGCGGGGGAGGCGGGGGUUAGGGAGAGAGGGUGCAGGGAUCCUCCUAUCCCCCUUAUACCCUGCCACACUCUUACUUCCUGCCCUUCUCCCUUACUCCGUUCCGUUGGCCCCCCACAGUCGUCCUCCUCUCCCUCUUUCUUCCUCCCUUCCUCCAUCUAUCCCACACUCUCUGCCUCACUACCCUCUUUCCCCUUUCUGUUGCCCGUUCUCCCUCCCUUCCUCCCGCCCACCCAUCAUCUCCCUAAACCCAUCAUCUCAUCCGCCCAUCAUCUCAUCCGCCCAUCAUCUCAUCCGCCCAUCAUCUCAUCCGCCCAUCAUCUCAUCCGCCCAUCAUCUCAUCCGCCCAUCAUCUCAUCCGCCCAUCAUCUCAUCCGCCCAUCAUCUCAUCCGCCCAUCAUCUCAUCCACCCAUCAUCUCAUCCGCCCAUCAUCUCAUCCGCCCAUCAUCUCAUCCGCCCAUCAUCUCAUCCACCCAUCAUCUCAUCCACCCAUCCUCUCAUCCGCCCAUCCUCUCAUCCGCCCAUCAUCUCAUCCUCCUUUCCUCUCAUCCUCCUUUCCUCUCAUCCCCCUAUCCUCUCAUCCCCCUUUCUCUCAUUCGGCCUUCAUCCUCCCACCGUCGCCCACGCUUCCCCCCACUGUCGCCCAAGCUUCCCCAUAAUGUCGCGUACGCUCCCACCGUCGCUCACGCUUUCCCCCACCUUCCCCCACGUUUCUCAUCGCCCACGCUUGCUCCCUCCGUCGCCCUCGCUGCCCCCCACUCUCCCUACACCCCCUCCCACCGUCACCCACGCUCCCCCCCACCCUUCUACCCUUCUUUCCUUCUCUCUGAUUCUCCCUUCCCCCCGUUCCACCCUUAUACCCUGCCACACUUUUACCCCCCUCACUUUCUCCCAUCCGCCCUUCCUCCAAGCCUCCCUCCUCCCUACCACGCUCCCACCCACUCUUUCUUUCAUCCUCCUGCCUCUCCACCCUACCGCCCUUUUUUUCAAGCUGCCACCUUCCGAUCUUCCUAUCCUCCGCCUUUCUGUCUGACCCACUUGCUUACUCCCUCCUUGAAUUUCUCACAUCCUCCCAUCCACCCUUUCCCUUCCAAGCCUGUACACUCCUAG